UCAGAUGAAGGCCACCUCUGAUGGAGAGGAGGAUGAGGAUGAUGAGGAGGAAUUUGAAGAGGUUCCAGAAAAGGAAGGAUAUGAGCCGCACAUUCCUGAGCAUCUCCGAGCUGAGUACGGUCUGGAUCCGUCCCCCUCCACCUCAGCCGCCGCCCUCUCUCAGCAGAAGGCUCCGCCCAGGAGGCCCCCCGCCCCACCUGCUCCGUCCAGCUCCUCUUCCUCAUCUUCCUCCUCCAGGCGGAUGAAGAGGAUGAUGGAGGAAGAGCAGGACCCAACGUCUGCUGCCGCCACGCUGCGUCUCCUCAGAGAGAAGCUCCCCCUCCAGGGAGAGCCCAGCUGCAGCGGUUCUGAUGGUCCGGGUCAGUCGGGUCCAGAGCAGCAGGCUGCUGAGGUUCCAGUGGUUCCGUUUGGGUUGGACCUUUACUACUGGGGCCAGGAGCAGCCCAACGCUGGCAAGAUCAUCAAGUCGGCCUCCCAGCAUCAGUUCUGGGUUCCUGCGGAGGUGGAGGAGGAGGUGGAGAGCCAGGAGCUGCUGGCUCAGAGCAGGAGCCGCUAUAUCUCCUUCCCCGGGAAGUUCGUCCCCGUCAGCCAUUUCUGCAGAGCCCCGCUGGGGAACGGCGCCCUGUGCCAGAGACAGGACCGCCUCAAGUGCCCGUUCCACGGCCCCAUCGUCCCCCGAGACUCAGAGGGACGACCGUGCAGAGAGGAGGACCGGCAGAGGGAGGAGCAGAGGAGGAAGGAGCAGCAGCCUGACUGGCGUGAUGAGGAGCUGAUGCGGGACAUCGAGGCAGCCACCGGGGAGGACCUGGGCUCCUCUCGGAACCGCAGAGGGAAGAAGAAGAAGAAGAAGUUCCCCAACCUGAGCGACCUGAAGCAGAGCAGCAACACGGCGCGCUCCAGGCUGCAGAGGAAGGUCUUCAACAAGAGCACCAUGCGCAGAGUAGCGGAUGUGCUGAGUAAGGCGGACAGGAGGAAACACGACAAGUUCUCCAACCAGUUCAACUACGCCCUCAACUGACCUCCAUCCAGCUCCUCCACAACCGGCAUAAGGAGCAGAGGAGGAGCACCCAGGAUGGGACAUGAACAGAACCAGUCAGCUGGACCGUCCCAUCAGGAACUGAAUGAAGCUCCUCUGACAGGAGGCCCUGAGGAGGACAGAACACUUCCUGUUUAGGCUCCGCCCUAAAGGCUCAUCCAGUCACAUGACUCUGAGCUCAAUAAACUGGAUUGAAUGAAUUCAUGAACUAGAACUGUGGUUUACUGAGGUCGGCCAUGAUGGAUGCAGAUGCCACCCCCCCCCCCCCCCCCCCCACCACUUUUAAAGAGUAGAAACUUGCUUUGAAGUUAGAUCUAGAAAUCUAGAAAGGAUAAGCUGGGAAAACGUCUUCCGCUAUUCAAACCUCUGUCUGUUUUUCUAAAAUCCUCCAUGGCUGUCACCUCCUCCCCUCGGUCGGUUUCUAAAGAUCAGGAGAAACAGAGGAGUCCUCCUGCUGCCGCUGGUGUGUGCUGUCUAUGUAGUUUAGUUCUGUUCAUUUUAAUGUUUUAUUUUAUUUAACCGUAAAUCUGUAUUCUAGCAAACUUCAACACUGUUUGCAAACAAGCAUCAAGAGUUAUAUUCAUUUUAUUUCUUUUUAUAUUUGUAUUGUUCACUGUAAAAUUCUUACUGUUGUUUUUAGGAAGACAGUCUU